AUGGCCAACCUCAACGCCAACAUACCUAACCACCCCGAAGUUAUCCUCACUCCCAUGAGUAUCCAGGCUCUCCUCGACGCCGCGGGCCCUCCUCAGCCGGCUGUGCCUGUCGCCGCCGUCCCGCAUCUUGCGCAAGGUCAAUUCUAUGGAGUUAUUUCGCCGGAUGGCGGUGCCCAGGUCUUUAACAACCAGGCAGACGCGGAUGCUGCUGUUAUAGGUGUCAGCGGUGCGACACGUCGUGCCUUCGGGGAUGCUUGGAGCGCUCGUCGCUACGUUGUGCAACACGCGUUGUCCUCGUUCCCUCGUGCUAUUUCCGCCCAGUACCGGCUAUACUCUCGCCUGCAGGAAGGCGUGGCCAGAGCCGGACAUUUCAUGACCGCCUUCACCAGCAACCCUCUGCUUGCUAUCCCAGACAACCAGCAUACCGCCAUGCCCAGCCCUACGAUCACAUUCACCCCUCUCAACUUCUUGCCUUUUGUCCAGACGCCUGCGUCUCUGCGCGCCAACGUCGGUGGAUGUCGUGUAGAGAUCAUUUUUCACAACAUGCCAAGUCGUGUGGAUGCGCACAGCAUCAACACGGAAGAUCUCAGGUUCCGCGGCGUGCCCGGCGACAUUCCCUCGGGCCCGACCAUCCCUUACGGGCCUGAGCGUCAGGGCGGCGUUGCCAAUGUUCGCGCCGAGUUCGUGGGCGAGGACGAGGUCACCCGUGUCGUGCCUCAGUCCAUUCUUCAGGUUGGCGACGGUACAGUCAUCCCACCUCCGCUGGACACCAUUAAGGAGAUGCUCGUGGUACCUUUGACGCCUCGGUCACGUCUUCCCGGGAUAUACUACUGGGUUAUCCUCCAGGGUACCGCUGUCGGUAUAUUCAGGGGUAACGCCCGCGACAUUCAAAGCAUCCUGCCCGCGGGAUUAAGUGUUGCGAAGGCGUUCCUGACGCUCGAGGAGGCGUCUGCCUUCUUCUACGAACAGCUCGAUUCUGGCUUCGUUCUGACUGAGCUCACUGAAGCGGCCGACGCCGACGCUACGCUUCACUCCGCGCUUGGACGGGCGCAAGAGGAGGCUCAGGCUGAAGGUGAUCCGGCUAAGGUCCAGCUAGCAGCGACCCUGCAGAACAUUGUACGCCCCUUCGCUGAUAACGCCGUGUAG